ACAGACUAUUUUUAAUGACAAUAAAAAGUCAAUUACGUUUAAUUUCUUAAGCCAUAUAUAAAAGAUUCAAGAAUACAAAACUUGAUCAGUUAACAAAAUAUUCUUCAACUGAAAAAUUCUAAUCAAAAUGCGUCAACAACUUUCAUCAUCAUUACUGAUUAAUUUAAUAAUGUUUAUCGUGGUAACUAUCAAAGUUGAUGGAUAUCAAUUUUUUACCGAAGAAGAUGCAAAGAUGUUCGACUCUCAAUUGGAAAUCCAGGAUGUUUUACAAUUUAUCAAUCGUGACGAAUGGAAAGCAUUGCCAACAACGGAUCCAGUCGAGACAUUGGUUACUCCAGUUCCAUAUGUUUUGAUCUAUCACACAGGCACUGAAUCGUGUUAUUAUCGGCAGUCUUGCGACCGAAUUGUCCGAGAGCUUCAGGCGAAAUAUAUCUCAUCGUAUCCAUGGAAUCGAGAUAUUGGGUACAAUUUCCUGAUCAGCGGUGAUGGAAAGAUUUACAUUGGACGUGGGUGGAGAACCGUCGGUGCUCACACCAUUGGUGUCAACAAGAAGAGCAUUGGGAUUGCUUUGAUUGGGACAUUUUAUGAUAAGUCACCAAAUAUAACUCAAUUUAGUUCAAUGAGAAAUUUAAUUAAUUAUGGAAUUGCUCUUGACUUUAUUGAUAAAAAAUUUAAAUAUUAUUCUGAGAUCAAUGGCGUGCGUCUUUACAUUAAUGAUCAGCAUAAUAUUUCAAGUUUUUCCGAAAUGAUUCAAAAUUCACAAUAAAUAAAAUUAUUAUU